CUCCUGGACUACACCUCCGGGGCAAAAUGCGGUGACUGCUCCUUUCAUAGAAGAGAAAACUAAGCCAGAAAGAAUCAUGGUGACAGGACCAGGGUCUGGAGGUCGGUCGGAGUCCCGGAAGAGAGGUGGAAGGGACCUAACGUACAGUUCACACCCGUAGUAACGCCUCAGCGACACGACAGCAAGUAGUAUCCGCUUCUGCCCCUCCCCCGGCCGGCGCCGGGAAGGCUUUGCGCCUGCGCAAUAAGAACGCUCGGCAGGAGGAACUUGUGGGCCCCGAUUGGCGACCAGCACGCAGGGACGUGAGGGGCAGAGCUCAAGAAGACUGAGCUGUUUGAUGGGCUGAAUUGGGGAGGGGGCGGAGCAAGAGGCGUUCUUGGGCGGGGACUCGAGUCCGGCUUGGAAUUUUUGGCGCGAGUUGACUCCGCGCGCGUUCACGGGCCGUUCCCCUUCCAGAGGCUCCUCUCGCCUGGGCGUAGAGAGCUGUCGACGGCAGACCCUGGCCCUCCUGACCCCCCGACAGGUCCCUGCGGCCUCUGCUGACCCGAAAUCUGGGAGCUCGCAGAGCUGCGCCCCGCCUACCCGCUCCAGGUGCUUGUGUCUCCACGGCCUCCAUGUUUAAAGCAGAACAUGUGUGCAGAGUAGCCUCGGCCUUCUUCCACAGCCUCUCUGGGGCCACAGGACAAGGACCCAUUUGAGUGGACACACUGUUCUGUACUCUACCUCUCAGGGCCUCCUGUGCUGGCCAUGCCUGUGCCCACAGAGGGCACCCCACCGCCGCUGAGUGGCACCCCCAUCCCAGUCCCUGCUUACUUUCGCCAUGCAGAACCUGGUUUUUCCCUCAAGAGGCCCAGGGGGCUUAGCCGGACCCUUCCGCCCCGGCCCCCUGCCAAGGGCAGCAUCCCCAUUAGUCGUCUCUUUCCUCCUCGGACCCCUGGCUGGCACCAGCCCCAGCCCCGGAGCGUGUCAUUUCAAGGCAAAGCCUCUGAGACCCUGCAGAGCCCCGGUUAUGACCCAAGCCGGCCGGAGUCCUUUUUCCAGCAGAGUUUCCAGAGGCUUGGCCGCCUGGGCCAUGGCUCUUAUGGAGAGGUCUUCAAGGUACGCUCCAAGGAAGAUGGCCGGCUCUAUGCUAUAAAGCGCUCUAUGUCGCCAUUCCGGGGACCCAAGGAUCGGGCCCGAAAGCUGGCUGAGGUCAGCGGCCAUGAGAAGGUGGGGAAGCACCCACGCUGUGUGCGACUGGAGCGAGCUUGGGAGGAGGGUGGCAUCCUGUACCUGCAGACAGAACUGUGUGGUCCCAGCCUACAGCAGCACUGUGAGGCCUGGGGCACUAGCCUGCCUGAGGCUCAGGUCUGGGGCUACUUGCGGGAUACCCUCCUUGCUCUGGCUCACCUGCAUGGCCAAGGCCUGGUCCACCUUGACAUCAAGCCUGCCAACAUCUUCCUGGGGCCUCGGGGCCGCUGCAAACUGGGUGACUUUGGGCUGCUGGUGGAGCUAGAUGCAUCUGGAGCUGGUGAGGCCCAGGAGGGAGAUCCCCGCUACAUGGCCCCUGAGCUGCUGCAGGGCUCCUACGGGACAGCAGCCGAUGUGUUCAGUCUGGGUCUCACCAUCUUGGAAGUGGCAUGCAACAUGGAGCUACCCCAUGGUGGAGAGGGCUGGCAACAGCUGCGCCAGGGCUACCUGCCCCCAGAGUUCACUGCCGGCCUGUCUUCUGAGCUGCGGUCUGUCCUCAUCAUGAUGCUGGAGCCUGAUCCCAAGCUUCGGCCCACAGCUGAGGCCCUGCUGGCCCUGCCUAUGCUCAGGCAGCCACGGCCCUGGAGUGUCCUGUGGUACAUGGCUGCUGAAGCCCUAAGUCGAGGGUGGGCCCUGUGGCAGGUAAGCCUGGUGAAAGUGACAGGCUAUUCUACCCUGAUCCUUGGCCCUGGGGUCUGCCCAGCCUCCCUUGGCUCCCUGUCCCCACAGGCCCUGCUUGCCCUGCUGUGCUGGCUCUGGCAUGGGCUGGCUCACCCAGCCAGCUGGCUGCAGUCCCCGGGCCCUCCAGCCACCCCGCCUGGCUCACCACCCUGCAGCUUCCUCCUGGACAGCAGCCACUCCAGCAACUGGGAUGACGACAGCAUAGGGCCCUCGCUCUCUCCAGAGGCCAUCCUGGCCAGGGCUGCCAGGAGUACCUCCACCCCCCAGAGCAGGCACACACUGAGGGAUGCCCUGGACCUAAGUGACAUUGACUCUGAGGCCCCUCAGGGCUCCUUCCCCUCCUUUGAGCCUCGGAACCUCCUCAGCCUGUUUGAGGACUCACUGGGCCCAACCUGAGCCCAGACAGCCCUGGUGCUUUUAAC